UUACAUAGUACAUGUAUAAUUUAAGCAGCUCAUCCAGCUGUCUCUCUCUUAUAUAUAUAUACACCCCUAAUGGUAAAAGAAAAAGAAAAAAAGGCGAAAAAAAAACUUCAUUUCACACAACUAUAUGCAGAUAACAACUAAAACCGGCUGAAGGUUUUCUUUUAUUUGUUUCGUAUAAUAUCAAAACAUACCAUACAUUUUUAUUACAUUCCCGUAUAGCAUUCUUCUGUAAAAGAAAUACAUAAAGUCUUUGUGUACAAACAUGGAGGUCCAAGCCCUUCGACAGCACAUAUUACAGAAAGAACAAGAGUUGUUGCAAAUGAAACUGCUUCUUGAAGAAUAUGAAAAAAAUGCUGAGGUUCCCUUCCAACAGUCAUUUGAAAAUGGCAGAAGUUCCAGGGAAGUAAGAAAAGAACCAAGAAAACUAAGUAACUUUGAAAUUGCCCGCUACAGUAGACAGUUGAUUCUUCCAGAAUUGGGAGUCAAAGGUCAGCAGCUGCUGUCUUCUUGCAAAGUACUGAUUGUAGGAGCAGGGGGACUUGGUUGUCCAGCUGCAGUUUACUUGGCAGCUGCAGGAAUCGGCACUCUGGGAGUACUGGACUAUGAUGAUGUGGAAAUGAGCAACCUUCAUCGCCAGAUUCUUCACACAGAACAAAGAGUUGGCAUGGCAAAGGCACAUUCUGUGGCUACCUCAUGCAGGAACCUUAAUUCGAGCAUAAGGUUAAUACCAAUCAGAGAGCAGUUAAAGAGUGAAAAUGCUUUGUCUGUCAUCAAAGAAUACGAUAUCAUCUUAGAUGCUACAGACAAUGUAGCAACAAGAUACCUGUUGAAUGAUGCCUGUGUUCUGGCAGGAAAACCCCUUGUGUCAGGCAGUGCUCUACGCUUUGAAGGACAACUGACAGUAUAUAAUUACAGAGGGGGACCUUGCUAUCGAUGUUUAUAUCCAAAACCACCACCUCCAGAGACUGUCACCAACUGCUCCGAUGGUGGUGUCUUGGGUGUCGUUCCUGGUAUCAUAGGAUGCUACCAGGCACUUGAAGCCAUCAAGAUUGCAGCAGAUAUGGGCACCACUCUCAAUCAACGUCUUCUUCUCUUUGAUGCCCUUGACUGCUCCACACGGAUCAUUAAACUGCGACCUCGUCAAGCUUCAUGUGCAGUUUGUGGAGAUGCUCCAUCAAUAAGACAUCUCAUUGACUAUGAGCAAUUCUGUGGAGCAAGGGCAACUGACAAGGACCACGAAAAACGUGUGCUUCCUCCCUCUAGUCGCAUAACUGCAGUAGAAUAUCAUGAGUUACUGAUGAACACAGUGCCACAUGUAUUGAUUGAUGUGAGAAUGCCUGUGGAAUUGAACAUUUGCUGUUUGCCUCAUCCAGCACAGAAUGUUCCAAUGGACCUGCUGCAGAAGGACCCUAAGGGAACAGUGCAGCAGAUCAAAUGUUAUGCUGGAGAACUCAAACAUGAUCCGUUGUCUGUGAUAAUAGUGUGUCGACGUGGAAACGACUCACAGCUGGCUGUGAAUUUGCUGCUGGAAGUAGAUCCUGAUCUAAAUGUUAAAGACAUUCGUGGUGGACUGCAUGCAUGGGCAAGAGAUGUGGAUCUUGAUUUUCCAGUAUAUUAAUUUUUUUAUCACAAGUUGUCCUGCAUAAUUCCACAAACACAGGAUCGCUGAUUCCACUGCAGUACUUAAUUCUUUGGUAUAACUGAAUCAUUUUGUUCUCUUCAGAAUAUUAAUGACUAAAGACUUGACAAGCUUAAAAGUUGUUGAUCUGACACUGUGGCUAGCACUCUCUACAGUUUUAUGCAGGAAGAGUGAGGAGUCAAUAGAUCUAAACAUGAAAGAGGGAAUUAGCAAAUGAAGCUUAAGCUUCUUUACUGUCAAGUAACUAAUGACAUCACAAAUACAAAAUCAUUGAAAUGGGAUCUAAAUGGUAAAGGCAAUGUUACAGUUAACUUGAAGGACUUUAAUCAUGGGAAAUGGUUUUAGGUGUUUAGGUGGAAGUUUUGAGAAUACUACAUUUAACACACUGGCAUUAUCAACCCACGGCUAAACUAAGGUUGAUCAGCGCUAUUGUGGAAGGGAGAUAAUGUAAGCAGUGUCUGAGAAACAGCAUUUUUUUCUGGGGAUAUGCAUUGCAAGGGUAGAAGAUGAGAAAGGGAAGGAGAUAUGGGGCAAAAUGGAUGAUCUGCCAGUGAAAUGACUGUACAGGGGAAGCAGCUCCAAUAGUUAGGAGAACAUGGUGGAUAAGAAAUAAAAUUUGCAUGGAAUGACAGUUAAAUUUGGUGAUGGGCAAGACACAUUAGUGCCCGUGUAAAGAAGACACUGAAUGCAUUGCAGUUAAAAAGAGAUGUCAAAAAAUAUUUUGUGUGAUCUUUGGUUGUGGAUUUACAAUAGUUUUAAAAAAUUGGCCUUCCAGCUGAAUAAAGCAGUUUUAAUCUCC